AUGCAGAAACAGGUCGACGCGUUGGCAUCUAAUUUUGAUGAUGUUGUUUCCCAGCCAAAGUUUAAAAACCUUGGCAAACAUAUUGAGGAGAAUAUGAAGCUGCAGUAUCAAAAGCAGCAGUUGGAGAAGUCAAUUGAAAAUGCGCAUAAGCUGCUUGCCACCCAUCAAGUUUCGGUACUCAAUGCACUUGUGUCAACAUUUGAUUUGGCUAUCAAAAAGGCUUUUCCGGAAUGUAAAUCUAUUUCUGUUGUUAUAACACCAAGUACAAGUCCGAAAUUCGGGGAUUAUCAGUGCAAUAAUGCCCUUAGCUUAUCAAAAGAACUUGCUGCAAGCGGAGUAAAGCUUGCGCCUCGUGACGUGUCCGCCAAAAUUUGCGAACAUUUGGAGAAAGGAUCUCUUAUUGAUAAGGUGGACAUUGCCGGACCCGGAUUCAUUAACAUUCACAUUUCUCAAAAAUUUGUUGAAGAUGAGGUUACGAAACUCGUUCGGCUCGGUUUCCGCAUGGCUCCUGUUGAACGACCUCUAAAGGUUAUUCUGGAUAUGUCUAGUCCAAAUAUUGCCAAGGAAAUGCAUGUUGGUCAUCUCAGGUCAACAAUUAUUGGUGAAAGCGUCUACAGAAUCCUUACACUUAUGGGUCACGAUGUGGUGAAGAUCAACCAUCUUGGAGAUUGGGGUACCCAGUUCGGAAUGUUGAUUGCUCAUCUCAAAGACACAUUCGGUGACCUUGGUGAGCAAGCGCUUCCCGUUAGCGAUCUUCAAAAGUUCUACAAAGAAGCUAAGACGCGGUUUGAUUCCGAGGAAGACUUCAAAAAACGCUCAUACGAGGCUGUUGUGAAACUCCAAUCCUUUGAUCCCGAGCACAUUAGGAAUUGGGAGAAGAUCUGUGAUGUUUCGAAGAGGGAGUUCAAUGAAAUCUACCGUCGAAUGGAUAUCAAUAAUCUGAUUCCAAAGGGCGAGUCCUUCUAUCAGUCGCGAAUGAUUGAGGUGGUUAAAUACCUGGAGGAGCAAAAUCUUUUGGAGAACGAUGAUGGUCGAAAAAUUAUGUGGACUCCUGCAGCCGAAAUUCCUCUAAUUAUUGUAAAAUCUGAUGGUGGUUUCACUUACGACACGUCAGAUAUGGCUACCAUCCGUUAUCGAAUUGUCGAACAACGUGGUGAACGUUUGAUUUAUGUAACUGAUGCCGGCCAAGCAACCCAUUUCAAAGCAAUUUAUUCUGCAGCGGAGAUUUGUGGUUUUUCCAAUCCCAGUAGAGUUCGAUUGGAGCACGUUCCAUUUGGAAUGGUCCUGGGAGAGGAUAAGAAGAAAUUCAAGACUCGUUCCGGUGAUACCGUCAAACUUGUAGACCUUUUGGAUGAAGGCGUUAGCCGAGUGAGGAAGAAGUUGAUUGAGAAAGGUAGGGAUAAGGAAUUAACUGAAGAGGAGCAACAAAUUGCUGCUGAAGCCGUUGCCUAUGGAUGCAUCAAAUAUGCCGAUCUCUCUCAUAAUCGCAUUAAUGACUACAUCUUCUCUUUUGAUAAGAUGCUAGAUGAUAGAGGAAACACGGCUGCCUAUCUCCUUUAUGCCUACACACGUAUUCGAUCAAUUGUUCGAAAGACUGGGUGGGAUGAAGGAAAGCUGGCUCAGGUUCGUAACUCCACUCAUAUAAGCUUGGAACAUCCAAAUGAGUUGAAAUUGGGUAAAAUGUUGUGUCGUUUGCCGGAGAUUUUGAUCAAAUUGGAGGAUGAUCUGUUCUUCCAUAAACUCUGCGACUAUCUCUAUGGCCUUAGCUGUGCGUUCACAGAAUUCUACGAUGCGUGCUAUUGCAUUGAGAUUGAGAAUGGUAAAUUGGUGAAGAUAAAUGAGUCACGGAUUCUUCUCUGUGAUGCUACAGCCAAAGUGAUGAAGUGCUGCUUUGAUAUCCUUGGAAUUAGAACUGUGGAAAAAAUGUAA